UUGCGCCUCCGAACAUACUCAACACGAUAAGCAUUAUCUACACACAAUUACUCUUAAGCGGAUAGUUCUAUAAACCAACAAAUUGCACAGUGCAACCGCACAAUGGCCGAGAACGUUAACGAGGAAGAGGUGCAGGCGCGCUUCGAGGAGCUUAGCGUCCUCGAGGCGGAAUUUGAAGAUGUCGAACUCGAACUUAUCCGUAAGUCGAAUGCGCUGAACGCACCGCUCUGGAAGAAACGCGCAGAGGUGAUCGCCAAAAUCCCGCACUUCUGGACUCUUGUCUUUGAGCAGGCACCCCCAGAACUCGAUUCCUUUAUACUGCCUUCGGACGCACAGAUCUUUGCCGAAUGCUUCGAAUCUUUGGAGGUCACCCGCUUCGAGAUCGACGACCCGAAAGGCUCCCCGCGCAGCAUUUCAAUCAAGUUUGGCUUUGGGGACAACGAAUAUUUUGAGGACAAAGUGUUGGAGAAGAAGUUCUGGUUCCGCAAGUCGCGUGACUGGGAAGGCCUCGUAUCUGAGCCGGUCAAGAUCAACUGGAAGAAGGAACAAGACACGACAUUCGGCCUGACAGAUGCGGCCAUUGAGCUUGCUGAGGCAAGGAAGAAGGCGGACAGUAAGGCGAAGGAGACCGAGCUGCCCGAGUACAAAAAGCUGGCCUCAUUGAUUGAGGAGAGCACCGAGGCCUCACCAAGCUUUUUCGCGUGGUUCGCCUUCGUAUCCGACUACCGGUGGGUCAGCGCGGAAGAAAGCGAGCAGGCCGAGAAGGAGGAUGCCGAAAGAUUGGAGAAGUUGAAGCGCGGAGAGAAGGUUGAAGAGCCUGAAGAUGAUGACGACGAUACAAUCGACUACCAGGAAACUGAAGUCUUCCCACAGGGUGGUGAGAUCGCAACCCUCAUUGCAGAGGACCUGUGGCCGUCCGCCAUCAAGUACUACAAGCAAUCACACGAACAGGAUGGAGAAGACUUCUCCGACAUCGAUGUCGAAGACAUGGACGAAGACGAAGACGAAGACGAGUCCGGCGACGAGAUUGACAUUCGCGGUCUGGUAGGCAAAGGCCGCGCUGGCUCGCCUCCGACCAAGAAGCAGCGCAAGGCUUGAGAUAGGCAAUACCCUAGCUAUAGACGAUGAUAUGAACACAUGCUAUACGACUGAAGCUCAUCCCGCAUGAUCCGAGGGAUGCGCAGAUAAAUGAACUCUUGGAUAUGGUCAGCCCACUAUAGCAGCUCCGCAGCGAUGAUUAUGCGCACGAGUUUCAAUAUCUAACAAUGUCUCGAGCGAGCUCACUUCCUAAAGAGCGGGCUGCUCACGGAAAAGAAAUAUUCAUGGAAACAAUU